AUGUCAUCAACAUCGACACCACCUCAACCUCGGCCUCUGCUCGCCUCCUCCGUCCCCCGCGUGGGCAUCGCCGUCUUCAUUCUCCAUCCAACCUCAACGCCGGCACCAUCUCCCUCCCACCUGUAUUCCCAGCAUGCACGACCCUACAAAUUCCUUCUCGGAAAACGCCUCGGUUCCCACGGUGCAGAAACCUGGGCCUUGCCCGGUGGCCACCUGGAAUUUGGCGAGAAUUUCUCCGAAUGCGCAGCGCGAGAGACAUUGGAAGAGACGGGGCUGAUCCUCGAUGAUGAGAGUAUAAGCUUCCUUACGGCUACGAAUGAUCUGAUGCCCCUUGAACCCACCACGAGCACAAACAAAUCUGCAACACCACAAGGCCAAGGUCAAGCUCCGUCGGGAACGGUAAGGGGGAAGCAUUAUAUUACGAUCUUCAUGACCGCGCGUGUAAAGGCAGGGACAUGGACUGUGAUGGAAAAGGGACAGCAGCAAUACGACGGUAACGGGUCUCCCAACAUGCCAGAAGCGAAGCUCUUGGAGCCGAAUAAGUGCGCAGGAUGGGAGUGGGUGAGUUGGGAGGAUCUGGUGAGGUGGGCGAGACCGCAGUUGCAGUUCGAGAACGAUAGGAACUCAAAAGCCUUCACCAAUGAUGCUGAAGGAGGAGAAGGUGAGAUUCGGCCAUUAUUCUCACCCAUGCUGGAUCUGUUGACUCAGAGACCGGGAGUAGUUCCUCGGCUCUAG